UUGUAGGCAGCAGAGAGCGCAGUCGCAGCAUAUGCAGCUGGUGAAGUAGAGAAAGAGAGAACACACACAAAAGCAAACAUGCCGAUGUUCGUAGUGAACACCAACGUGGCCAAGAGCGAGGUACCGGCGGCUCUGCUGUCCGAGGCGACGGAGGAGCUGGCCAAAGCGAUGGGUAAACCUGCAAAGUACAUUGCUGUGCUUAUCAACCCUGACCAAAUGAUGAUGUUUGGAGGAAAGGGAGACCCCUGCGCAGUCUGCUCCCUCCACAGCAUCGGCAAGAUAGGCGGUGCUCAAAACAAACAAUACUCUAAGAUCCUGUGUGGACUACUCAACACACACCUGGGUAUCUCUCCCGACAGGAUUUACAUUAACUUUGUAGACAUGGAUGCAGCCAAUGUGGCCUGGAACAACACUACCUUUGGCUGAGACAGAGGUUAACCCACUGGACGAUAAUCCCAGUAGUGUCCCGUAGGCAUGAGCAUAGUUAAAACAGACAGUGAAGUGAAGAUGCAAACACACCUGGUAAUUCCAAGACCAAAACCAAAUAGUUUGGCUGCUCCUUUUUUCUUUUUCAUCCAGCUAAUGAUUGUGUAAUUGAAGACCAUAUGGCAAUCUUAUAAGCACUUAGCUGGAGCCUUUAGUUUUGCACUGACUUUUUUUGUUCUCAUUAAAAUGCAAAAAAGAAAACCCUGCAGACAAUAAACUACCCUUUGUUGUUA